GACGCCCUCUCCCUGCGAUGCCUGACGCGCAGAUCUUCCGUCGAAGAAUCAGGCCGAUUGACUGACUCACUCGCUGACUCAUUGAUUCAUUCACUCAUUGACUGACUCAUCGCUGCUUGGUUCACUCACUGUCACUCAUCAGCGGCAUGGCCUCCCCUGUUUCCUCUGCUCAGCCGUCGCUGCGCAGUGAUCCCAUGUGGAUGGUGGCCAAGGCGGUGGUGAGGCGUCCAGGGAUCUUCCUGCUCGCAUCGGUGGCUGUGCUGGGUGCGGUGCUGCUGGUGGGAGGGCUCACGACGCUGCCCAUCAGGAUUGAGUCGGACUUCCAUCGCUACCUCGUCACUGGUGAGUCAGUGAGUGAGUGAGUGAAUCUUGCGCAGCACGGCGGUGGCACAGCACAGUGAUGAUGGGUCUGCCUGCCUGCCUGCCUGCCUGCCAAUUUGUGUGUAUGUGUCAGACGGUGAGGCUUCCCUGCGGCAGCGGCAGCUUGAUGCCGCCGUUCGCGUCAACGAUGAGGGCCUCACCCGCCGCCGAAGACUCUCGCCCCACGGGGAGGAGGAGGAAGACCGCUCCACACUCACCGUUAUCUAUUCGUUGCUCAAGGGCAGUGGCAAUGUAUACGCCGACAGCACCAGCCUGGCGCACAUGCGGUCCCUCGAGGACCGGCUGGUCGAGGCCAUCGCUGACAGCGGCGUGUGCGGCUCCAGGGGUGACAAGUCGUGCAUCGCCGUCACCUCUGCCCUCGACUACUUCUACGGGAGGCCUGUCGACUACAACAGCAGCAACAGCAACAGCAACAGCACCCAGUCCGUCUACAGCUUCGACGCGAGAGGCGAUGCGCCGCUUGACGCGGCGCCCGUGAUGGAUCACUGGGCGACGAGGGACAUCGGCUGGUACUGCGACAAGAGCUUCGACGACGGCCGGUGCCUCAACGGGCGGACAGAGUUCGCUACAAUCGGCGACAAGGAGACAUACGAUAGGGCGGCGGGCAAGGCCCUGCUGCCGCUGCUGCAGGGGGCAUCGUGGCCUGGCGUGCGGGUGCUCUACUCUGGCGAUGGCGUGACUGCCGCCGAGGUGCGAGAGGAGGUGUGGGGUGACGUGUGGCUGGCCGUCGGGUCGUUGCUGUUCGUGCUCGUGUACCUGGCCCUGCACACGUGGAGCCUGCUGCUGUCGACGUGCGGGCUGGUCAUGGUACUGACCAGCGUCCCUCUGGCGUACGUCCUCUUUGUGUGGCUGGGCCCCGACCAAAUGAUGAUCCUCAACUUCCUGGGCGUCUUCGUCGUCACCGCAAUUGGUGGGUGCGUCGGUCGAGUGGGGGCGGCGCGGCGCGGCGCGGCGCGGGCGGACAGCAUACCAUCCAUCCCACACCCACGUUUGUUUGUCUUUCCACCUCCUUUGUGUGUGCAGGUGCUGAUGAUCUGUUUGUGUUGUCUGACUUGUGGAGCCAGUCCCGCCUCUUCUUCAGCAGCAAGGCAGAGGAGGGCGACACCGACGACAAUGAGUGUCUGGCGCGCAGGUGGCUCUGGACCAUGCGCCGGGGCGGCGGGGCGGUCGUCGUCACCUCACUCACCACGGCCGCAUCGUUCUUCGCCAACAUGGCAUCCGCCGUAGCACCGGUCGGUAUAUAUGGAUGGGGGCAAACUACACCCACACACGCACUGCUCCCUCACUCUCUAUGUGUGUGUGUCAUGUCUGUGUAUGCAGGUUCGUGAGUUCGGUCUGUUCAUGGGACUGUGCGUGUUGAGUGCGUGCGUGCUGGUGCUGGGGCUCUAUCCGCUGGUGUUGGUCAUGUGUGAGCGACUGCCGCCCCGCCUGUCAAACAAGCCCCUCAACCUCUUCAGGCGCGCCACCAUGAGUCAAUUGGCCGCCAGGAUGCGGGCGAGAGGUGACGACCAGCAGCUGGUGGAAAAGGUGACAGGAGGGGAGUGGCCACGCGUGUCGCCUCAAGACCUCGACAAGCCGCUGACCAAGGAAUCGGGUUUCAGGGCAACAGAAAGGUCUGUCGGCAAAGGGCGACUGACUUGCUGUCUGAAAGAUGGAUGGCAUCUGUCACUCAUCAUAUUGGGUGUGCUGUGUUUUGAUUUGGUUUGAUUUGGCAAACAGGUUUUUCCACAACGUGUUCUACCCCUUCGUGUAUCGCUUCCGCGUCUGUCUGGUGGUUUUGGGGCUGGUGUUGGUGCUGGUGGCCAAUGUGCUCGUGUGGACCCUCUUCGCCCCUGCAGACACGCUGCCCGCCUUCUUCCCUGCCGGCCACAACCUGGACCUCGUGCAGCACACGACAAAGGAGUUCAGGCCGUCCGGGAAGGAGACCCCCGCUCACACCGGUAUGUAUGUUUGUGUGGGGGCUUCUGUCUGUGUGCAUGGCCUUAUAGAUCUGACCUGACCAGGCCUGUGUUGUGUCAUUGUCUGUCUGUCAGGCCUCCUGUACGUGUGUGCGCCCGGGUGGAGGGGCGAGGGGUGUGCGGAGAAGCGAUACAACUGCAGAGCCGAUGAUGAGUCCCAGGACGACCAACGCAGCGGACACGUAAGAAAGCAAGAUCAUCCGCACAGACAAACAGAGAGAGAGAGAGAGAGGAAUCGACCUUAGGCACGCUUGUCUUCGUGUGUGCAGGGGUCAUGUCUGGCAAGUGGUGUGUGUCGGUGCAUCUUUGGCUGGGAGGGGGAGGACUGCGCCACACGAACCACUCCACCAGAAGUAGGCAAGCCAACGCAGACAGACAACCACAUGUGCUACUUACACGUGUGUCGUGUCGUGGGUGUCGUGUGUGGCGCGUGCGUCCCACAGCCACUGCAGUGCCGCAGAGAGGACUACUUCGCCUGCGGUGUGGACCGUGGCCUCUGCGUCGACAGCACGUGCGCCUGCACCGACCCCUCUUACCACGGACACCAGUGCCAGCUCACCCACUCAGACGGUCAGCCAGUCUGUCAUGUCAGUGAGGGACAGACAGGCUACCCACCCGACAGGGCAUGACAUUCUCUAGUGUGUCCCUGUCUGUUUUGUAGAUGCUCCGAAGGGUGUGGAGGUUGCUUCCUUCGCACUGCUGCCGCCGGUGAGCGACGUCAGGCUGAAGCUGAGGCUGCAGCUGGAUCCACACUUGGAGGCUGAGGGUGCCGGUGGUCGUGGCGGUGGUGGUGGUGAAGGUGGCGGUGGCGGUGGUGGUGGUGAAGGUGUGAAUAUGACGGAUGUGGACGUCCGUCUGGACCAGUCGAUCGAAGGCCGCAAGGCAGACGGAUGGGUGAGUGAAAUGAAUGAGAUGAGUGGGUGAGGGAUGGCAUCUAUCGCACUCCACUCACGCGCAUAUCUAUCUGUUUCUCUGUCUGUGUGUCUAUCUGUGCAGGUGCGCCCCUCCUUCUCCCUGGCUCAGGUGUACCGGCAGCUGCAGCGGCGACUGCAACUCGACCAACAGGUCAGUCAGAUCACUCAGUCACUCACUCAGUCGGCCAACAGCACUGUCUGUCCAUCCACUUGUGUCUUUGUCUGUCUGCAUCCCAUCCGCCCAUCGGUCCAUCGGCCCAUCGACGCGAUGGAUGCAUCACACCAGUCGAGCCUGUCGGUGGGUGUGAGCAGCCAGGAGACUUCCAAGCAGCGGCUGGUCGACGCCGCGCGCAAAGGGCAGGUCCUCGUCCUCGCACGCAUCCUUGCACCACAACACCUCACCCACGAAAUCAUCCAACGCGCCAAACGACUGGUCAGUGAGUCAUCGAGUGGAUAAGUCCGCCUCCGAACAAGCCAAGCCACCCACCCUGGCCUGAGCGUGGUGGUGUGAUAUCCCGUGAUUGCAGAACGAUCGCGGUAGCGCCUUGGUGUUUUCUGGUGCGUACCGGCUGGCUCACCUGGGUUACGAGGACCAGGGCAUCGCUGCGCAGAGGGGCUAUGGCGAGCUGGGCCCGGCCGGCGAGGCCCUGCGGAGGAGGAGCAGAGAGGCCGAGGCCGAGAGCCACGCGGAGGACCUCUACCGCACCCAGAAGAACCCCACCCUGUGAGUGAGGAGUACAGCACCCACACAUUCGGUCGAUUCGGACACACAACAGACAGGCGAUUGUGUGUGCCUGGGUGGUCUGUUGGUUGGUGCAGGGUGGAGGUGGUGUGGGGCUUGGGGGGUCUUCGGCGAGUGGGCCCGUUCGCCAAGGACGAGCCCAUCUACGACGCCUCCUUCAGCCUCAACACGCCCGAAGCCCAGAACGCCAUAUUGGACAUGGUGUGGCUGGCCACUGAAGGAUUGCGCUGAGCUUAGAUAGAUACCUCUCUCUCUCUCUCUCUCUGACGUCUGUGUGUGUAGUGUCGCCCCAAUCUGCAUGGGGGUGCGAUGAAUCUGCUGCGGGUCAACCACAUCAACUGCUGGAUGGAGGUCUUCAUGCGAUGGCUCAACAAAAAGUCUGUCAUACUCAGAUAGCCACUCAGCCUCACACACUGAACACCACAACAGACAGCAUAUGUAUGUCUCCGUCGAUGUGACGUGUGUGUCCUGCAGCAAGCUGUCCUUCCCAGUGCCAGCAGCCGACCUGCCUCUCCACGUCAAUGCCUUUCUGCGGGACCAUCCCUCGUGGGCCGAGGAUGUGGGCAUGGCAGCCGACGGCUCCAUCAAGUGGACCCGGGUGGGCUUCAGGUGCGACGUCCCCAACGACAUGGCGGCCUCCCGCGCCGCAGAGUACGGACAGCUGUGGGAGACAUACGCCAAAGAGAGAGAGAAAUUCGCACCCACAUCGCUGCAAAGGUCGGUAGGGUGGGUGCGAUUGAUGGAUGGAUGGAUGGAUGUGUGGUGUGGUGUGGUGCAGUGGGUACGUGACGAGCCGUGUGUUUGUGCGGGCGGAGACGCAGCGUGAGCUGGUCAUGUCCACUCUGCACAUAUGGGUCAUCUCCACGGUGUGCGCCGCUGCCGGAGUCUUUUUGUGAGCGUCUUGCUGCACACCACACACCACACACCUCACACACACAUUCCACUCUUCCCGUGCGUCACACAUGUCGGUGUCUCUUUGUGUGUGUGUGUGUUUAGGUUCACGGGCAGCGUGUUGCUGUCUUUGUAUCUCUUGGUGACGGUAGCCUGCAUCGUCAUGACCCUCCUGGCCUUCAUGCUGGUCGUCAUGGGAUGGCAAUUCGGGGUCCUGGAGGCCAUUGCCGUCAUCAGUAAGCCGAGCCAUACAGACCACGCCGCAGCUCAUUCAUCCCUACAAAGACAGACAACAUAUAUUAUCCCUGUGUGUGUGCAAAUGCAUCCAUCGCAAUGAAUGCAGUCUUUAUCGGCCUGUCGGUCGACUACGGUCUGCACCUGGCCCUCUCCUACCGGGAGCCGCCCCACCGACAGCCACACAAGAGAGUCCGCGACGCCCUCACCCAAACCGGCAUCUCUAUCCUCGCCGGUUAUAUCCGACACAAGCGACAGACAGACACCACAUGAUGCCUGCCUGCCUGCCUCUGUGUGUGUGUGUGUGUGUGUGUGUGCAGCCGCCGGGACGACUUUGGGCAGCUGCGCGUUUCUGUUUUUCUGCACCAUUCGGCUGUUUGUGCAGUUCGGCAUCGUCGUCUUUGCCAACACCACCCUCUCCCUUUUGUUCGCCCUGCUGUUCUUCGCGGCCCUGCUUGCCAUCGCCGGCCCCGAGCGGGUGUGCUCCUUCUCACUGGGGGCGCUGCUCUGCUGCCAGUGGUCUCGCGUCUGCACCACACACCCACAACCACACCCACACAGAGAACGGCAAGAUGGCCAUCAGGAUGAAGACGAGGAAUGCGGCAAGCGGUCUGCUGCGGCUGUGGGUGUGGCGCCAUGUGUUCUGGGGAAGCGUGUGUCUUCUGAGUGCGGGAGUGGGGGUGUUGGUGAGGAUGACGGCGGUCCGACUCGUGCAGUGAGCAUGUCUCUGGCCGAGGACCGGAUGGACAGCGAUGGGGGGGCCGAGAAGGGGUCUGGCGAUGGCGAUGGCGAUGGCGACGAUUGACUGAUCAGCGGGACGGCGGUUGGAGGGGGAGUAGUGAGAGGAGUGCGUGUAAGAUCUGAUGAAUGGAGAGACCGAAGGAUGGACCGAGACAGACAGACAGACAGGUGAGGCACCGGUGGAUGGGCGUGGUUUUGAGGUGACAUUAAUUAGCUGUGGUUGUUACUUUAUUACAAGGGUGGGCGGGCGGGCGGGCACUCACUGCACAUAUGCGUGAAUACACAUGAUGGCUGGCCGCCUAGGCCUACUGGUUCUUUCCUCAAUUGUUUUUCAUCCUCUCGUCCUUCAUCUGGCUGUCAUCACGAUUCUCAUCCGACAGUCUGUUCGUUUGUGUGUAUGUCAGUCAUUUCUGGCCUCUGCCUCUCUCCCUAGCUGCGUUGCUGCCGGCCUGCCUGCGACUGAUGAAUGAAUGAGGCAGUCAGGCAAGCAACCAGACAGACAGGCGGACUGGGCUCGGCUGUAUACCCCUGCAACCAUACCAUCCGUGUGAGCAUCUUUGCACGGAGGCUGUGUGUCUGGCCAGUGCGAUGUAAUAUGUACGGUUUUGUGUGACGUGCGUGUGCAUGCCAUGCGUGUGUGCGAGUAGGUCAGUCACGUGACUCCUGCAUGCCGUGCAGUGCAGAUCAGAUCCUUAAGGUGGGUGAGUGACAUGAUGUCUGGAUGCGAUAGAUGCGAGGUAGGUAGGUAUCUGUGUGUGUAUGUGUGUGUGUGUGCCCGUCCGUGUACUGUAGACACACAGUUGAGACCCUAAACGAUCUGCCGAAUGCACUAACUAAAUGAU